UUUAUGGACCCACCUGAUUCACUAAGCUACUUGAUAUUAGUAAUCCCCAUGAAUUCACCAUCAUUACUUUUUUCUGUCUAAAUCAACUACCAAAAACUCCAAAACAAAAAUCCACAUAUCACCAUGGUGAUGCACUGAAAAGUCUUCAUGUGAAGCCUUACAAAAAGUCUUGGAUUUUUGCUCCUUGAAUUCAAGAAUGGCGUUAUCACUUUGCUUCUCUCCACCAUUUUCAUACACAAACGACAGGCCAAGGAUACCCUUCAAGAAAUACAUAAUUUCAACAAGGCCAAAAAUGUCAAGGCAGAGACAGACUGUCAAUUGUGUUAAAGAAAAUUCUCAGAAUCUUCCUGCGGCAGUGGAUCAAGUAAAACCAAGAUGGGAAGAAUGGCUGUCAACUGCAGCUAGCCUUUACCCUGUUUAUGUAACUGUUGGUGGAAUUGUUGCCUGCUUGAGGCCAUCUACUUUUUCAUGGUUUGUAAAUGCAGGUCCUACUUCUUAUAGCUUAGCUCUUGGGUUUAUAAUGCUGUCUAUGGGUCUCACUUUGGAGCUCAAGGACUUAUUCAACUUGUUCUUGCAAAGGCCUCUUUCUAUUCUUUUUGGUUGUGCUGCUCAAUAUACAAUUAUGCCAGCCUUCGGAGUGCUAGUUAGCAAAUCUUUGGGUCUCCCUCCUUCAAUUUCCGUUGGUCUAAUAUUGCUUGCUUGCUGCCCUGGGGGUACUGCGUCCAAUGUGGUAACCUUAAUUGCGCAAGGAGAUGUACCAUUAUCAGUAGUGAUGACAUUAUGUACGACACUUGGAGCAGUUGUUCUCACUCCCUUCUUGACAAUGAUUCUGGCUGGCACAUAUGUUCCUGUCGAUGCUAUUAAGCUUUCCAUCAGCACACUACAGGUGGUGGUUGCUCCAAUUCUCCUAGGUUCUUAUCUGCAGAGCAAAUUUCCAAGAGCCGUGAAAAUGGUUACGCCAUUUGCUCCCCUUCUAGCAGUCUUAACUUCAUCACUUCUUGCUUGCAGUGUAUUCUCAGAAAAUGUUGUUCGUCUGGGAUCUUCAAUGGUUGGCAUGUCAGUCUCUUCUGAUUUAUCUCUAUUUCAUCGGGCUCAAGCAAUCCUUACGAGUGAAUAUGGGGCUAUAGUGAUCUCUGUACUUUUGCUUCAUUCUGCUGGAUUCCUCGUAGGGUACCUGGCUGCAGCCUUUGGUGGUUUCGGUGAACCUCAGAGACGUGCUAUAUCCAUUGAGGUUGGCAUGCAGAAUUCCUCCUUGGGAGUGGUUCUAGCGACCGCGCAUUUUGCAUCCCCGUUGGUUGCAUUACCUCCUGCAAUGUCAGCAGUUAUUAUGAACAUAAUGGGCAGUACAUUAGGUUUCUUUUGGAGAUAUAUUGACCCUUCUGAUUCAAAGACUAGUCUGGAAGCCACUGAUAAAUCAUAGUUGGCUGAUAAAAUUCAUGUUCAAACAUGGGGUAACCAGUUUUCCUUGCUGCUACAGUUGUUGUGAACUUGGUAACUCCUCUCUGUUUAUACUCUGGCCCAAAUGAGUUCAAUACAAAUUCGUGUUGGAUUUAGCUCAUCUA